AUGUUCCCUUAUCUCGAACACUCGCCAAAGAAUCCCAGCAGCAAGACGCCGCUGAGCGACCUUCGCGCUUCCAUAGCCCCCGGAUCUCGUGGCAUCGUCAUUCCAGCGGGGAAAAGUACCAAGAGAUAUGCCACUCAUCUCAUCGGCUCUCUUCAGGAGAUUCUUCAGAGCAAUCUGACAAUCCAGAUUGUUUAUGCCGGAGAUGACGACUUGCCCGCCGCAGACCGCGAACGGUUGCACGCCCGGUUUCGCAAUGUCGAAUUUUUGGACAUGCUCACGCUCAUCGACGACACCACCGUUAAGCUUGUCAACGGAGGCUGGGCUAUCAAGGCAUUCGCUGCUCUCUACGCGCCGUUUGAAGAAGUUAUAUUGCUGGAUGCGGAUUCGGUCUUCGUCCAGAGACCGGAGACAUUGUUCAUGGAUCCCUCCUACGUCACGUCAGGGGUUCUACUCUUUCACGAUCGUCUUCUUUGGCAACAUUAUUUUUCUGAGCGACAUGACUGGUGGAAGUCGCAAAUUCAUGAGCCGAGCGCAACUCUCAACAAAUCGCUCGUAUGGACGGAGGAUUUCGCUGAGGAGGGCGACUCCGGUGUCGUUGUUAUCGACAAGUCACGUGUGGAUGUGCUGAUGGGACUUUUGCACGUCGCUUGGCAGAACACGCAUGCUGUGCGAGAGGAGGUCACUUACAAGAUGACGUACGGUGAUAAAGAAACCUGGUGGUUCGGAUUUGAGCUUAGCGGAGCGACGUACUCUUUCGAAAAGCACUAUGGCGCGAUGGUUGGUUGGCUCCGUGACACGAUGGAGGACUCUGUGGUGAGGAUCUGCAGCUUCGUCAUCGGGCACGUCGACGUGAGGGACGAGCUGAUCUGGUAUAACGGAGGGCUCCUGAAGAACAAGAAGGUCGACAAACACGAGUUCGGUCUUCCAACACAUACGAUGGUGGAUGGGACUUGGGAGAAGGGCGCGGACCGGACGGAGAUGAGCUGCAUGGUCGGGAGUAAUGCGAAACCACUGACGCAGGACAUGCAGUGGAUUUUGAAGACAUCAAUAGACUUGGCGAAGAAGCUAGAUGAUGAGUUUGGUUUUGUUUAG